AUGACAGGUCGUCCUCCGCAACAGGGCGGACCGCCACCCGGUGGCCAACGCCGCCUCUCGCAGGGUUCCCAGAGCGGUGGACCUCCUCGCGGGAUGGCUCACCAACGUGGCACGUCGCAGUCUUCCCAACAGGGACGCCCUCCAAACCUAGAUGUUUCCCAGCAAAUCCCGUCGGGCUCGCCUGGUCCGUCUAGCCCCCGUGGGCCGCCAAACCCGUUUGGACCCGGUUUGGGUUUUGAUCCCGCCCGCAACAAGAUAGAAGAAGCGAAGCGCCGGGAAAAGGAAGUUCCCAACCGGAUGGACCUGCCGCCUGAGGCGUACAGCAUGGCACGUUUAUUUCCUGAUGGCAAGAAGCCACUCUUUGCUGCCCGCCCGGGCUACAACGAGAAGGACAAGCCUCUCAACAUUCGGGUGAACCAAUACCGAGUGGAACAGACCAACAGUGUCACUGUGUACCAAUACGCUGUGUCGCUGGUUCCUGAGCCACCCAAGGCCAUCGUCUACAAGAAGUGCUGGGCGUCUCAUGCUGUCCAAAAGCAACUCGAGCGACAGCCCCAGCCAGGCCCCGUCAAAAUUGCGAUUGACCUGGAUGCUGAGGCGGGCAAGACAACCCGCCCGGGGCAUCCUAAUCAGUAUAUCAUGCUGAUUCGGCAGACAAGUGCCAUCUACCUGGACAGUCUGAUGUCAUACCUACGUGGGAAGAGCGGGUGGGAUACUCACAUCUUGGAGUGCAUGAACUUUUUCGAUCACGCUCUCCGUCAGAAGCCGUCGCAGUCCAUGACUGCUAUCCGUCGUAAUUUUUACCACCCGCAGUCGCCGAAGCGCGAUCUCGACGGCACCAUCUAUGCCGCAAAGGGCAUUUACGCAGCGUUCCGGCUCUCUGAGUCGGUUCGCACGGGUGGCAGCGGUCUCGGUAUUAACGUGGACGUUGCCAACACCACGUUUUGGAAGGAUCAAACCCUUGACAAGCUUGUCAUGAACCUGAUCAACAUUUCCAGCGACAAGUGGAACGUUCGCACUGCUACAGAGGCCGCGCAGCUUUUGCGGCCCAUCCAGUGGCACCUGAACACCAAGCUCAAAGAGCCGACCAUGUCCGACGCCUUCAAGGUCAUGCGUCGCCUCCACAAGCUGCGCUUCAAGGUCUUUCACCGGGGCAAGACAAACGACUCGAAGAUCUACACGAUCGCCCGGUUUGCUUGGCACCAGAGAUUCAUGUUUGAGGGUGCGACGUCUGAGACCUACACGUUCACGCUUCGUAAAACUGGAGAGACUCGGACAGUCUACGACCACUAUCUCAAACAAUACGACGUCCCACUUCAGUACCCUAAAUACCCAGUCAUUGAAACGACACGUGACGGGGCGUUCCCUCUUGAAGUCUGCCAUAUUCUUCCCUGGCAGCGCUACAACUUCAAGCUGAAUGGGCAGCAGACGUCUGACAUGAUCAAGUUCGCUGUUACGCGGCCCGCUGAGCGUGCCAAAAGCAUCAUGGAAAAUGUGAAGCGACUGGGUUGGGACUCUGACGAGUACCUGCGCGAGUUUGGCAUCCGUGUCAACCCCGACAUGUCCAAGGUGCAGGCCCGCCUCCUCAAGCCGCCUGUUGUGAGCUACAAGAACGGCAACGCCACCCCUGGCACGAGCGGACGGUGGGAUCUCCGUUCGAAACUGUUCUACAUCAACAACAAAGGCCGGGAGUUGCGUUCGUGGGGAGUUGCUGUGGUGGACAAUUGUAUGGACUUUCCAGCCGUUCAGAACUUCAUCCGCGUCUUUACCAAGACCUUCAAGGAUCACGGUGGCCUUGUCGAGAAGAAACCACACUUGGCGAAAUUUCCCCGCGGCAAAGAUCUGGGUGACGCGUACCAAGAGGCGUACGAUGCCACGACAAAUGUCAACGGCGGAGAGGAUCCGGUCAUCAUGUUUUGGAUUCUGCCUUCCAAAAACUCCUUUCCGUAUUACCGCUUGAAGAAAAACGGCGAGUGUCGCUACGGCAUGGUUUCUCAGAUGCUGAAUGCUGCGCAUGUUGCCAAAGCUCAGCCCCAGUACUGUUCCAAUGUUUCGAUGAAGGUCAACGCCAAGCUCGGUGGCACCACCUGCCGCGUUCCGGCAGAGGGCGGAUCUCCUUCUGCGCCGGCAUUUUUCAACCAGCCUACCAUGAUCAUUGGUCUUGAUGUGUCGCACGGCUCAACCAACAUGAAAGGCGAGCUGGAGCCCUCCAUGGCCGCCAUGGCCGUGUCGUGGGACAAGGACGCCGCCAAGUACUCGGCAUUUUGUCAGACCAAUGGCUACCGCCAAGAGAUUGUCAAUCCAGUUCGGAUGAACAGCAUGUUUGACAAGGCACUUCGGAAGUGGACUGAAACGCUCAACUGCAAGAUGCCUGCGCAUGUGUUCUACUUCCGUGACGGUGUCAGCGAGGGACAGUUUAUACAAGUGAUGGACUUUGAAGUUGCCCAAUUAAAGGAAAUCUUCCAGAAGCGUUGUGGCCGCGUGCCCAAGUUCACUGUUAUUGUGGCCACGAAGCGUCACCACAUCCGCUUCUUCCCAGAGCCCAGCUCUGCCGACCGCAAUGGCAACCCACUGCCUGGUACCCUGGUGGAAAAGGAGGUGACCCACCCUUUCCACUACGACUUCUACCUAUGCUCGCACACUGCCAUCCAAGGCACUGCACGCCCAGUUCAUUACCACGUCAUCCACGACGAAGUCAAGAUGCCACCCCAUCUUUUGCAAAAAAUGAUUUACCAGCAGUGCUACCAGUAUGCGCGCUCGACAACCCCGGUGUCUCUACACCCGGCGGUUUACUAUGCUCACAUAGCUGGUGACCGUGCUCGGGCUCAUGAAAACGUUGAAUCGGAUCGCAAGGACCCGGAGCUCAUCAAGAAAUCGGUGGAGAACUGGACGGCGAAGAAGUCCUCGGGUAGCAUCACGCAUCCGACGGAGUCUCUUCCUCUUCUGCCAUUCGGUGCCAAGGAGUCCCAUGAGAAGAAUCGCAACUUCACGCCGUGGACGAUGUGGUUCAUCUAA